CCUGUUCUUGGCUGUGGUUUAUAUCUGAAUCCAGAGACUGUUUUCCAUUCAACGUGUUGUCCAACGAAGAUGCAGAAAUGCAACGCGCCAACAAACGGCAGGAGAAGAGGACAGGAGGAAGGACGUAGCAGAACAGAGCUAACUACUGGUGGAGUGGAGUCCACGACAAUCUCUCUCGAUUACAACAAGAAGGAGAAGAAGCAGGAAUCAUGCCGCAUCCAGCAUCCAACCUCGCUGUCCUCAGCACGCAGUUUCCUUCCCCGCUUACCCGCCACGACCAUGGCGGACACCGAGCAGCCGCUCCUCCUAGUCCUACCGCAGCGGCAUCGUCGACCAGCCAACCGCGCCGCCGCCUGGGGAUUCGCCGCGGCGGUCCUCCUCCUCCUGCUGCUGGUGGCCGCGGCCCCGGGCCCUCUCCGCCGCAGCAGCAGGAUGCCGGAGCCCGUCGCGCUGACCCUCCUCGCUGGCGCCCGGGAGAAGGGAGCAGUGUGCUUGGAUGGAACCCCGCCGGGUUACCACCUGAUCAGAGGGUCCGGCUCCGGAUCCAACAGCUGGCUCGUCCAUCUAGAGGGAGGAGGCUGGUGCAGCACUGUCAAGGAUUGCUCCAAUCGCAGGAUGUCCCAGCUCGGUUCAUCCAACUUCAUGAAACCGUUGCAGUUUGCCGGCGCUGGGAUAUUUGGCAGUGACCAGCUACAGAAUCCUGAUUUCUACAACUGGAACAGAGUCUAUGUUCGGUAUUGUGACGGGGCGUCGUUUUCUGGAGAUGCAGAGGGUCAAGCUCAGGAUGGAACCACACUUCACUUCAAAGGAUUGCGCAUUUACGAAGCGGUUAUUGACGAACUCAUGGGAAAAGGACUAGCCAAUGCUACACAGGUCCUCCUUACAGGUUGUUCUGCUGGUGGUCUGGCUACGAUACUGCAUUGUGAUGAUUUCAGUGCACGGUUUCCCCAUGAAGUUUCAGUUAAAUGCCUUGCUGAUGCUGGGUUUUUUCUUGACGUAAAGGAUAUAUCUGGACAAAGGUCCUUUUGGUCUGUCUACAAUGGUGUUGUUCACCUGCAGAAUGUUAGAAAAGUGUUGCCCAAGGACUGCCUCGCAAACAAGGAGCCGACGGAGUGUUUCUUUCCAGCCGAACUUAUUAAGAGCAUCCACACCCCCAUAUUUAUUCUCAACUCUGGAUAUGACUCAUGGCAGAUACAAUAUGUUCUUGUGCCAGGCUCAUCUGCUCCUGAUAAGUCAUGGUUGAGUUGCAGGGAAAACCUCGCAAACUGCAAUUCCACCCAAAUCAAAGUCCUCGAUGGAUUCAGGAAUACAAUGGUCGAUGACUUGAAGGUCGUCGUUGAAGAUAAGCAGGACUGGGGAUUGUUCAUCGACUCAUGCUUCACCCACUGCCAGACUCUUUCUGGCACCUCAUGGAAUUCACCAGUCUCAACAAGACUUGGAAACAAGAGUAUUGCAGAGGCUGUUGGAGAUUGGCACUUUGGAAGAAGCAAAAGAGUGAAAGAGAUUGACUGCCUGUAUCCAUGCAACCCCACAUGCAGCAGCCCCACAUGGCCGUCUGCCUCAUUCUCUACUAUCGGUGGCGAACCCAAAAUUUUAGGUGUGGCGGAGACGACGAGAAAAUCGACUUUGAGCAAUGAGCAAAUAUUCAUGUAAAAGCUAAAUAAUCUGCACAGAAGCUGUAUAAGGAUUGCAUUAAAUAACAAGAGUGUAUGGCACUAAAUAAAGUUUACUUCAAAUGUUGUCUCCUAA